AUGAAAAAAUUACCACUUGGUAUAAAUCAACAAAUACGUUUAAUGACAAUGAAUGAAUUGGAUAAAUGUUUAAAAGAAGCAUUAUAUAAUGAUACUGUAGGAUGUUCUGAUACAAUAUUAUAUGACAUAUCACAAGCAACUUAUAAUGAAAUAUUUUAUCAGAAAAUAAUGAAAUCAAUAUGGAAAUGUAUAGUAUCAAAACGUAUAAAACAGAAUUGUAUUUAUGAAGUUCUUAAUAAUUUACACAUAUUACAAUCAAUUAAUAAAUUGAAAUUUAAUACUAAUUUAAUUGAUAAAGCUAUGGAAAUUAUUGCUUUAGUAUUGGAUAAUAAAACAUUACAAGAGAAACGUAAUUAUUCUGCAUCAAUACGUGAUCAAACUAAUAUAUUACAUAAACCUAUUUUAUUAUUAAAUAAAUCUAAUCCUCCCGUUACGGUGACUGGUACUACGGCUAGUAUUCCACCUAAUAGUACUAAUUAUAAUACAGUUAUACCUAGUAUUAAUACUGGACUACCUACAGGUAUAGGUAUGAAUAAUAGUAUGAAUAAUAGUAUGGGUAUAGGUAUGGGUACUGGUAUAGGUAAUACUGGUAUUAGUACUAUGGGUACUGGUAUUGGUAAUACAGGUAUGGUUACGAAGAAUAAGGGUAGAAAAUUGUUUAGUGGAUUAUUUAAUAAUAAAUUAAAAAAACCAAAUAUUGGUUUAUAUGGUAAUUCAUUAAAUAAUAGUUAUGGUGCCGGAGGAUACGGUGGAGUAGGAGUAGGAGGAUAUGGAGGAUAUGGUGGAGUAGGAGUAGGUGGAUAUGGUGGAGGAGGAUAUGGAGCCCCUUUCGGUGCUGUUGGAGGAGUGGGAGCAAGCACCGUAACGGAAGAAUUUAAUGCAUUUCCAGAAAUGAAUAUAAAGAAUUAUUAUAAUCAUAGUUUUCAUAAUUUUAAUCAUUCUACUUUUAAACAUAGGAGUAGUAGUGGGAGUGGGAGUACAAGUAGUAGUAGUACUGAUGGUAGUAGUAGUAGGGAUAGGGAUGGUAGUAGUACAAGUGAUAGUGGGAGUAGUAGUGUAAGUGAUAGUACUUAUAGAAGAAGGAGUAGUACAAGUAGUAGUAGGAGUAGUACAAGUGAUAGUAGAAGUUAUAGUAGUAGUACAAGUAGUAGUAGGAGUGAUAGUACUAGUAGGAGUAGUUCAAGUAGUAGUAGCAGGAGUACAUUAAAAUAUAGAGUAGAUAGAAGAUAUGAUAGGAUGGAUAGAAUGGACAGGAUGGAUAGAGGAUAUUACAGGGGAUAUGACAGAAGAUAUGAUAGAGUGGAUAGAUAUGACAGAGGAUACGGUAGAUCGGAUAGAGUGGAUAGAUAUGACCGUAUGGAUAGAGGAUAUAAUCCAUUUAAUUAUUAA